AUGUGGAUGACUGACCCAGGUUGUCACAAUACAGUGAUUCGAGCCUGGGAGUCCAACCCGGAUGGUUUACCUAUGUAUAGAACAACAAAAAAGCUAAAGAAGUGCAAGAAGAUGCUUAAAAAAUGGAGUAAAGCCCACUUUGGUUAUGUUACAAGGAAAAUUAAGAAGAUAAAGGAGCUUUUGUGGAAGGCAGAGGAGGAUUUAGUCAGAACUGGUGAUAUCCAAGAGGUAGUGAGAUUGAAGUCUGAAUUAAAUUUGUUGAUAGACAGGGAGGAACAAAUGUGGCAUCAGCGGUCUCAUGUAAAAUGGGUUCAAAGUGGGGAUCAGAACACAAAAUUCUUUCACAACACAGUAACUCAGAGAAAAAGGAGGAAUUUUAUAAGGGGUGUACGAGAUGAAGGUGGGGUUUGGCAAAACAAUGAGGAGGUUUUCUCGACUCUGUUUACUGACUACUAUACUAGAUUGUUUACUUCAUCUAGUCCACAAGAGCUAGACUGA